AUGGAGUCGGCCGACGCAGCGGGAGGGGCGCCCGGGGGCGGGGCGCCGCCGGGCCGCGGCUCCUCGGCCAAGCGCAUGCGCGGCGUGAUUGGCAGCGGCGGCGGCGACGGCAUGGAGUUGGUGCCGUGGGGGUCGCCCCCGCAGCCGGGCCAGCAGCCGCCGCAGCUCCAGGGGUCGGCGUCGCGGAUCUGCCGCGUGAGGGCGUCGGGGGGCAAGGACCGGCACAGCAAGGUGUACACGUCCAAGGGCAUCCGCGACCGCCGUGUGCGGCUCUCGGUGCCCACGGCCAUCCAGUUCUACGACCUGCAGGACCGCCUCGGCUUCGACCAGCCCAGCAAGGCCGUCGAGUGGCUCAUCAACGCCGCCUCCGCCGCCAUCGACGAGCUCCCCUCCCUCGACCCGGCCGCCUUCGCCAACAUGCCGGCCGACCACCAGGCCGCGCCCCGCGCCGGCAAGCAGCAGCAGCCGCAGGGCAGCAGGUCCCUGUGCAGCAGCACCUCGGAGACCAGCAAGGGGUCCGAGCUCUCGCUCUCGCGCUCCGACGGCCGCGUCGGCGGCGGCUCCUCCCUGGACAAGGAGGUCACCGUCGCCAGCAACCCCUCCGCGCAGGCCGGGUCCUUCACCGAGCUGCUCACCGGGGCGGGGGCGGCGUCGGCCAUUGCCACCGCGGCUCCGCGCAGGCAGUCCUGGCAGCAACAGCAGCAGCAGCCCGUUUCCGCGGUCACCGCGGACCGCGUCGGCAUCGCGCACCCCGGUAAAGGCAGCGGCGCGCAGGUGGUGCCGACGUACCCCGGCUUCAGAUUCGGCAAUGCGCCCCCGUUCGGCAUGCAGCCGGCGCAGCCGUUCAACUUCGGCCCCUCCGCCCAGAACCAGAUGACGCAGUUCUCGCUCGUCCAGGGCGGGCUGGCGGCGGCUCCGGCUCCGGCUCAAGCCGGAGACUACAGCCUCGACUUCUCGAUGAACUCCGGUUACAUGGGUGCCACCAGGGGGGCCCUUCAGUCCAAUUCGCCGCACUUCUCCAGCCACCACCACCAGCAGCAGCAGCAGCGGCAGCUCCAGGACCUGGACGACGGUCCGAGCCCUCCCUUCCUGUACGCGAACGCCGCCGCCACCGCCCCGCACCUCGCGUCGGAGAACCACCUCACGGCGACCGCGGCGAUGCAGCUGUGGAACGGGUUGCAGCACGCCGGCAUGAAGGAGAAGAGCAAGAACUGA